CAGAUGCUUGUCUGACUUCAGUCAGUUCUCAGCUCCCCGUCCUAGAGGAGUCAUGCAGCGUGCCUGUGCGGUGUUUGUGUUGCUGUUAGCGAUGUCUGCUCCUGGUGCGACUCGGGGCGCCUCCCUUGAGCCAAGGUACAAGUCAGAGUUCACGUACGAUGAACAGCUUCUGGAGAAGAUGAUCCGAAUGGAGGCAGAAAUGGACAAGUGGGAGACACGGAUGAAUGAACAACUCGGGCAGCUAACGAGUCUACGGGAACACAUUGACCACCUGAUGAAGACCGAGGAUUCCCGUCUGGAGCUCAUACAGGAUGCGUUUGUGGAAUCCCGUAACAACCUGACGACACUGCAGUCGCGAGCUGAUGGCCAAGUGCAGCAGCUUUUAGAGAAGAUUAAAAAAGAAACUGCGACAACACCGAAUAUCUUGUUCAAAGCGAGGCGAGUAAAGAACGAGACGCCUUCUGCUGGAGAGAUCAUCGUGUUCGAGGACGUUUUGUACAACCACGGUUCCGGGUACGACAGGUCCAGUGGCGUCUUCAUUGCUCCUAUUGGAGGAACUUACUUGUUUACCGCUCGGUUGUUGUCCCAGUCCGGCGGAUCAGUGUUCUUUGAGAUUAACGUGAACGGAAGCAUGAAUUCCAACGGGGCGCUUUAUGGUCACCAAGGGCAUAGCUACGCCUCUGCUGAUUCCGUGGUCCGUUUGCUACAUGGGGAAAGAGUGAUUAUCAAAUCGCUUUAUUUGAACACGAUAGACAAUGGUUCUCGGUUGUACGGGGCAUUAGCCUCCCAAAGCAAUGAAUUCACCGGGGUACUACUGCACGUAUAAGUGCGAACAGUGUUGUAUAUAGUUGCAUGUGAACAUUUUAUUUAUGACGAACAUUUGUGUUUGUACUGUGUUAUGCGUUGGCGUGACAUAGGUUUAUUGUACGUUACUGUCAUUUCUUUACGUGGUAAAGGGUUGAUGUUUAUUGGUUCAUGGUAAACUGGUUUGAGUGACGAUUAUUAACAAUGCGUGAACCUACGUUCGACAGUAUAAGGUCACAAACUCACCGUGUAAAUCUAGCGUAUAUGUCCAGUAUGGUAGGUAGAGUAAAUUUAAUA